UCUUUGUUACUGGUUAAGCGAAAUAAAAUUCAACCUUUGGUGUAUGGUAUAAAAAUAACUCAUAUUAAUCGAAAUGGAUCAUAAAUCAGACAUGGGAGCUUACGGUGAAAACUCGAAUGUACAAAACAGCGGGAAUUAUAUUACCAUAAUUCCCGUUGAAUAUUCUAGGCGUGGUUAUCCUAUUCAAGCUGAAUAUCAGUACAAUGAAUUUAGAUCCCGCGAGGAAUACUACAGCGUCCAAAGUCAGAAGCUCCAGGCCGAGGUGAACGCGCAUUUGUACUCUGUCUCGCAGAGACUCCCUCAUCUGUCGUAUAGUCCGCUAGGACGACAUAAUGAGUGGGACAAGCACGAUACCCACAAACCUCUUCAACCUGAUUCCAAGGAAAGUAACAGCUCUGAUUCACUGGAGAAGAGUGUUAUGGGGUCAAACCUCAGCAGCUGCUCCAAUCAAACCGGGUCGAGCAGCAUUGCCGCGGGUUCUUUCAGCACCACUGAACCGAUGACGAGUGGUGGUAGCUCCUCAAGCGCUAUUUCUCCUCCGUUACCAGGGUCGUCAUCAUCAUCGUCAUCGGUGUCAUCAACCCAGUCGACCUGCAUCUAUUUGAUGUCUCAAACCGCGAUAAUGGUGGAGAUGAGUGCAGACGAGGUGGCGACCAGCGUGACCGCGUCGAGGUUCCUGAAUGCGGUGCUGGCGGCUGAUGAAAUGGGCCUCGUGCAGCCCAGCACGAGAAGCCUGGCUGCUAACGUGUUCGCGCUGUGGAUGUGUAGUCCUAUGUUGGAGGUCCAGCUGAAGCCGCACCACUGUCCAUGGCGCAUCUGGGCGGGCUGGCAGAUGCUGUUGCGGCGCUACGGUUACGGCCCGAGCUCGAAACGCUCACGCGAUGUCCCCAUCUUGCGCAUGCAGAGGAACGUCUUCUUCCCUAAGCACUUGGAGGAAGGCAUCAAGGACUCCAAGAUCCAGGAGUUGCUCUAUGAGGAGGCGCGUUACAACGUGGUGCACGGGCGCUACCCGCUGGAGAGCGCGCAGGCUGUGAUGCUGGGCGGCAUCCAGGCCAGGGUACAGCUCGGACCUUACGACCCUCACAGCCAUACCGCUAAGUUCUUCAGAGAGAACCAGGACAAGUAUCUGCCGAGUCACGCGCGGUCCGGGCGCUGGGCGGCGCUGCUGCCGGCGGGCCGCAAGGGCAGCCCCGAGGCCAAACUGCUGGAGCAGGCGCAGCGCCCCGCCGCCUCGCCGCCGCGCAAGCUGCGCCAGAAGUACCUCGCGCAUGUCAGGAUGCUGCCUACAUACGGCGCGGCCUUCUUCCAAGGUCAAGUGGAGAUGCCGGUGCGCAGCCUGACCAGCCUGCUGACGUAUGAGGACGUGCCUGUGCUCGUCGCCAUCAACUCCAGCGGCGUCUACGUCAUCGACGAUACCGAGAGCACUCUACUCUUGGGUCUCUUAUACGAGGAGUUAUGUUGGGAUAUCGGGCUACCGUCUGAUGAGUCUGACGACUGCCUGCCCUGUCUCUUCCUGCAGUUUAUGGUCGUCGAGAACGGUCUCCGAGUCUCCAAAAUACUACAGCAGGUAUUCUCCAGACAGACGUUGUUGAUGGACACGUUGAUCGAGUAUUUCGCGAGCGAGUAUCGCAAGCGUAUCGGUUACGAAACUCCCAGCGAGCGCGACCAUCCCAACUACGAGUAUCAUUCAGCAUCAGACACGGGCAGCAUCUCACUGCCGCCGCUAUCCCGACCGGACUCGCCGCAGCGCCGACUGGCCAACAAGUUGUCGCGACUGUCGCUGGCCACACACGACGACCGCGGCCACCUUCUGGGCGGCGCCGGCGACUGGAACAAUGACCUAGACCGGCCAAGGCCAUCAUGGAUAUUGCCAAAACACUAAACCACUACAUCAAUUUUUUUUUAAAUCCAAAAUUAAUACUCCAUUCUUGACGUCGAUACCAAUUUUUUAGUUUACAUCUUGUCAAAAAUCUUGGCGACUCAAAGUAAUUUGCGCGCUGAGCAUUGACCUCCCUCACAUCCCUUUACACCUAACAUUGUGUUCUGUACAGCGACUCGUACAAUGUUCUGAGCCGCCAAGGUAUUUGACAACCUCUAUACUAUAAUUUUUCGAUCGUCUAGAUUUUCAAUUGCUACUGCAAUUAUACAUCGUUUUCUUUUU